AUGGCUGCGUCCGAGGACGGCAGCAGCUGCCUCGUGUCGCGGGGCCGCUCGCAGAGUGACCCCAACGUCCUCACUGACUCCUCGGCCACCUCCUCCGCAGACGCCAGCGACAACCCAGAUGAGCUGGGCCGAACACCCCCCGUGCGCUCCGAGUGCCUGAUCUCAGGGACCCGAACCCCCCCUGUGCGGAGGAACAGCAAGCUGGCCACCCUGGGCCGGAUCUUCAAGCCCUGGAAAUGGAGGAAAAAGAAAAACGAGAAGCUGAAACAGACGACUUCAGCCUUGGAGAAGAAGAUGGCCGGCAGGCAAGGUCGAGAGGAGCUUAUCAAGAAGGGGCUGCUGGAGAUGAUGCAGCAGGAUGCUGAGAGCAAAGCCAACCCCAGUGGGGGCCCGCGAGGCAUGCAGAGUGAGCCGUCCCCACCCCAACAGGAAGCCCUCACCUUGGACGAUGCCCAGCCAGGAAGCCCCCUGGCCACCGGGACAGACCUCCCCUCCUUGGAUGAGCAGCUGCCUACUGAUGCCCACCCUGACGAUGCAGCCAAGUCUCCGUUAGCAUCCAGUGGUGAAGAUACAGAGGACAGGAGCCUUUUGUCCACCUCAGAAGAGCCUUCUCAAGCCUUAUCUGACUCCUUGGAGAGUCCGCACAGACCCCUGGAGAGAUCCAUGGGCCAGCUGCCCAGCCCCCCGCUGCUGCCCACCCCGCCACCCAAGGCUGGAUCCAAACUUGUGAAAAAUGUCACAGGCCCAGCCAUGCUCUUCCAAGGCGCUGGCGUGAAGAGCUCAGACCCUGCCCUGCGUGGCCAGCUCUCCACCCCCACGGGGUCCCCGCAUCUGACCACGGUCCACAGGCCGCUGCCGCCAAGCCGGGUCAUUGAGGAGCUGCACCGGGCACUGGCCACGAAGCACCGGCAGGACAGUUUUCAGGGAAGAGAAAACAAAGGGUCCCCAAAGAAGCGUGGGGACGCCCGCCUGUCGAGGACCUCCAGCAUGGAGCGGGACAAGGACAGGGACGAGGCGUGGAGCCCAGACGGGGCCGUGGACGGCAGACGGGCCGCUGUCAAGGAGUCUGAGGAGAACAAGGAAAACCUGCUGUCAGACUCCGAGCUCAAGGACGACUUACUCUUGUAUCAGGAUGAGGAGGUGCUGAACGACUCCAUCAUCUCCGGUACCCUGCCCAGGAAAUGCAAGAAGGAGCUCUUGGCAGUGAAGCUGAGGAACCGGCCGAGCAAACAGGAGUUGGAGGAGCGGAACAUCUUCCCCAGGAGGACGGAUGAGGAGAGGCAGGAGAUCCGACAGCAGAUUGAGAUGAAGCUCUCCAGAAACCUGGCCCAGAACCCAGAAGACAAGUCCCUGGAGAGGGAUAUCGUGCUGGGGGAAAGGAACGAUCAGACAGAGCAGGAAGAAAGAAGAGAAAUCAAGCAACGAUUGACCAGAAAGCUGAAUCAGAGACCCACUGUUGAUGAACUGAGAGACAGGAAAAUCCUGAUCCGAUUCAGUGAUUACGUGGAAGUGGCGAAAGCGCAGGACUAUGACCGGAGAGCAGACAAGCCCUGGACGCGACUGUCGGCAGCAGACAAGGCAGCUAUCCGUAAAGAGCUGAAUGAAUACAAAAGUAACGAGAUGGAGGUGCACGCGUCAAGCAAGCAUUUGACAAGGUCAGAGCGCGGGGUAGCCCCCGUCUGUGACCAUGGCUGGCUGCACGCCUUCAUCUGCAUCCUAGGAGACAGCCAUGGAGCAUGA